GGACUAGGGUAAGUCCUGGGGCUCCUAUUUAGGAGGGAGAAUCUUAAGGUUCCCUUUCAGAUGGGCCCUAAGGUGAGAGAAGGGAGAGAUGGCCCUGUAGGACGGGGCUGCCUCUAUAGCAUGGAGUUUUGUGGUCAGAAGUGGUUCUGUCUGGUGUCUGCCGGAAUGGAGGGUUAUAGAAUAUGAAGACCCAGGACUGCAUGGAGACUGCAGUGUUGAGUAGUAUAUAGGUUUGCCACUCCAGGCUCAGCAGUUCCUCAUGUACAGUCCAUAUGGACAAAAGGAAACGUCAGCCAGGCUGCUGGAGCAGCCCCUUUGGUGCCUAAGUUUCCCUAGCCGUCAGCACAGGAGGGAUGAUCAACUGCUCCAGUAGAAGGGCUCUCAGCAGGAUGGUCUUCAGGGGAGUAUAUAGCAGGCAGCCAGGUUGCCAAAAGGAAUGGUAUGUGCUCAGGUUUCUCAGACCCAGGUCCCAGAUUAUUAACUUGUGAAUUUAUGAGGUAAGUAUUUAAGCACUAAUUGAUCAUAGUUCAUAUACACACAGGGGCAAAUAAAACAACACGGAUUUAUUAAGUUAAACUGAUGUAAGCACUUCAUAAUUGGUUGUAAAGUUAGUAUGCUGGAAAGUAUUUGAUUAAAAUAAAGCACCUUAAGUAUCACAUUCUUAAUUUAAAAGUAAGUUUAAGAAACCCAUAUUUUCUUUUUCUUUCUUUCUUUCUUUCUUUUUCUUUUUUUUUUUUUUUUGAGACAGAGUUUCGCUUUUGUUGCCCAGGCUAAACUGCAAUGGUGCAAUCUCUGCUCACUGCAACCUCUGCCUCCCUGGUUCAAGCGAUUCCCCUGCCUCAGCCUCCUGAGUAGCUGGGAUUACAGGCAUGCACCACCACGCUCGGCUAAUUUUUAUAUUUUUAGUAGAGACGAGGUUUCACCAUGUUAGCCAGGCUGGUCUCAAACUCCUGACCUUAGACGAUCUGCCCACCUCGGCCUCCCAAAGCAUUGGGAUUACAGGUGUGAGCCACUGCGCCUAGCCAGAAACCCACAUUUUGAAAACCUACCAGUUUAUUUGCGCUGAAAAUGUUGACAGAAGCAUUAAUUAUGUGUACAGUAAGAGUUGAUACUUAGUCCUAGACACAUAAGAAUGAGUUUGAUACAAACAAUCGUCGUAUUGAGUAAAUACCAUUAUUAUUGCCAUGUUGCAGAUGGCAACACCAAGGCACAGGGAAGUUGAGCACUUUUCCAAGGGCACACAACAGGUAAGAGGUAUCACUAAGAACCAAAGCCCAGAUUGUAGAUAGUCAGGCACACCUGACUCCAGGCUAGACGAGUGGGCUUGGAUGAUCCUUUGGCAACAUCACUGUCUGGUUCUCAUGGUCUUGAUUUUCCAUAGGUUCCUGUGGCUGCAGACUUGCUUACAGACCAUGAGGAGGGCUAUGUGACCUUUGAGGAUGUGGCUGUCUACUUCUCCCAGGAGGAAUGGAGAUUGCUUGAUGACGCUCAGAGGCUCCUCUACCGCAAUGUGAUGCUGGAGAACUUUACACUUCUGGCCUCUCUGGGACUUGCAUCUUCCAAGACCCAUGAAAUAACCCAGCUGGAGUCAUGGGAGGAGCCCUUCAUGCCUGCUUGGGAAGUUGUGACUUCAGCCAUACCGAGAGGUAGUUGGCAAGGAGCCGAGGCUGAGGAGGCUCCUGAGCAGAGUGCUUCUGUAGAAGUGCUCAGUUCAAACGUUCAGCAACACCAGAAGCAGCACUGUGGAGAGAAACCCUUAAAAAGACAAGAGGGCAGGGUCCCAGUUUUGAGGAGUUGCAGAGUCCACCUAUCAGAGAAGUCCUUGCAAAGCAGGGAGGUUGGGAAGGCCCUCCUGACCAGCUCAGGUGUUCUCAAGCACCAGGUGACUCACACGGGAGAGAAGUCACAUAGGAGCUCCAAAAGUAGGGAGGCCUUUCAUGCUGGAAAAAGGCAUUACAAAUGCAGUGAAUGUGGGAAAGCCUUUGGUCAGAAAUAUUUACUUGUUCAGCACCAGAGACUGCACACUGGGGAAAAGCCUUAUGAAUGCAGUGAAUGUGGGAAGUUAUUUAGAGAUAUGUCCAACCUUUUUAUACACCAAAUAGUUCACACUGGAGAAAGGCCUUACGGGUGUAGUAACUGUGGAAAAUCCUUUAGCCGUAAUGCUCACCUCAUUGAACACCAGAGAGUUCACACUGGAGAAAAGCCUUUUACAUGCAGUGAAUGUGGAAAAGCUUUCAGGCAUAAUUCCACACUUGUUCAGCAUCACAAAAUCCACACUGGAGUAAGGCCUUAUGAGUGCUGUGAAUGUGGAAAAUUGUUUAGUUUCAACUCCAGCCUCAUGAAACAUCAGAGAGUUCACACUGGAGAAAGACCUUAUAAGUGCAGUGAAUGUGGAAAAUUCUAUAGCCACAAGUCCAACCUUAUUAAACAUUGGCGUGUUCACACUGGAGAAAGGCCUUACAAGUGCAGCGACUGUGGGAAAUUUUUUACCCAAUGCUCAAGCCUCAUGCAACAUCAAAAAGUUCACACUGGAGAAAAGCCUUUUAAGUGCAAUGAAUGUGGGAGAUUCUUUAGAGAGAAUUCCACCCUAGUUAGACAUCAGAGGGUUCACACUGGAGCAAAGCCUUAUGAGUGCAGGGAAUGUGGGAAAUUUUUUAGCCAAAGCUCAACCCUCAUGCAACAUCGAAAAGUUCACAUUGGAGAAAAGCCUUUUAAGUGCAAUGAAUGUGGGAGAUUGUUUAGAGAGAAUUCCAGCCUUGUUAAACAUCAGAGGGUUCACACUGGAGCAAAGCCUUAUGAGUGCAGGGAAUGUGGGAAGUUUUUUCGCCACAACUCCAGUCUUUUUAAACAUCGAAGGAUUCACACUGGAGAAAUGCAGUGAUUGUGUGAAAUCCUUUAGCCAGCGUUUCAACCUCAUUCAACACCAGAAAGUUCACAGUGGAAAAAAUCUUGAAGGUAACAGAUGGAAAUCCGUUAGCCACACCUCCAGUCUCAUUCAACACUAGACAGUUUACAAUGUGGACAAUGUAGUGAAUAUGGAAAAAGGUUUCAGCCAAAGGCCUAACCCUAUUCAACACCAGAAAGUUUAGACUGGAGAAAGGCCUUAGGGUGACAGGUUAUGUACUGUCUCUGAAUCAAUAUGACCUCACUUAAAACAGAAACUCUGAGGAUGGCCUUUAUGAGGGAGCUGGCAAUUGAACAUCAUUCAUCUAAAUAUGCACACUGGAGGCAAGAUGAGAAUUCCUGACAGAUUGUCCUUCCUGAGAAGACAGCCCUCUGCCUUGGAGCUCCAGAGAGAGGGAGCCCUGUAUUCUUGGCUGUACCCGUCGAAUGGAGUUUUGAUCUCGCUGAGUUUGGAGUUGGGGGAGGAAAGGAGUGGUCUUGGUUCAAAUGUGACUCACUUUUGCUGUUCUUGUGAAUGUUAGAUCUUCUUUAAUAAAUAUUUAUUUCCCAUACACCCUUA